AUGCAGUCAACUCACAAAUGUGACGACUUUUUGUGUCACAACAAGUACUGCAUCUCUAAGGAUUUACUGUGUGACGGGACAAACAACUGUUUUGAUCGCUCGGAUGAGUCAGAGAAUUCCACUGCCUAUUGUAUAACAUACGACCCCUUUCCGGGUGAAAACUUUGCAGUACUCAUCUCAGUUGUUGGAGGGAGUAUUGUCGUGGGUAUUAUCGCCUUUUGUUGCCGAAUGCUUAGGCGGCGGAGACAGCAACACUAUCUGGAGGAAGAUAUGGAUGAUUUUGCUAAUGGACCUUAUGUUAAAAAAUAUGCGUAUAUGUAUGCUGUUAUACGACCUCAGCAGCGUACACGGAGGCAACAACAUCGAUCUCGGUCCAAACUGAGACACGUUGACCAUUCUGUUGAUGAACCUGAGUUUUGACGCCAGUGCAUAUCCACCUCUGCCAAAUGGCUUGGCGUUUCUUGGAGAACUUUUAAAGUCGUCUUGCCUUAUUUGUGAUCUACCUCGAAUUCCAAGGAAGAAGCAUUAAGCUUUCCUACUCACAUUUCCACUCUUUCCACGACGGACAAAAUUGGUCCAUCCAUCUAUAUAUUACCGUGGUUCAUAUAAUUUGGUUCUUAGGGAUGCUUGGCUACGAUUUAUAGAAUGCGAUGAAACAGAAACUAGAAAAACAUUUGUUUACAAACCUUCUGGAUACCAUAUGUAGAUUCUCUCAUUCAUGGUCACUAGAUAAAAACCGAAACGUUUCAAAAGAAACUCAAAUAUAUGACACCAUUACCAAUGGCAAUAAUGUCUAGCGUUUGUCAAUACAUAGUUUGCAUAGGUAUAUGUCACCAUGUCUUGUAUUUUGUAUAGCUAUUACUGAAAAAAAACCUUUAGAAAACUUACAUAGUAUUGCAUAAUGAUAUAUGAUUCACUGGUGAAUAUAAAAACGGAAUUUGUUUCCGGAGUGGGAGGCACAAAACACUGAAGCCACGUUUUUGAGGCAUUGCAUCACUGCAUAGACAUCUGGCAGUUCCAGCUUUACGAGGACCAACGGAUCAUGUAUUUUCUGUGGUAUGAAGAGCGUUGAGGACCGAGUGUGCGCUGUUUGAACACAGGGUAACAAUGUUGAAGAGAUCACACCAGGAGUCUUGUGAUACUUUCAUUGAGACCAUGAUCGUGGCAUGUCGAUAUUUACACACUGAGGCUAAUUAAUUGAUCAUAAAUGGUUUCUGUAUGAUAUAGGGAUUGUUUGCUAUAAGAAGUAAACGUUGGUUAUUGUUUUAUUGAUGUUUGGAAGAACUCACGUGUUUGGUGUUUUAAAUAAUUUUAACCUUAAAACAGUGCAUGCUUGAUAUUCUAAACAUUCCAUGUUUAAUGUUUCAAACAUUUAGCGUGUUUGAUCUGUCAAACUCUUCGUGUUUGAUGUUUGAUGUAUCAAUCAUUUCAUGCUUAAUGUUUCAAACAUGUGGACUGUCAUUUUAGCAAUUCCCAUGUGAACAGUGUAUGUAUUUAGGGUAACUGUGUAAUGAGACCAAGUUGUAUUGCGUAUGAUCAUCUCCAGACUUUACAGUUCAUUAUUUGAUGUUAAUAAUCACAUAGAAACCCUAUUUACAUACACACAGUAAUAAACUGUCAGUAGACAUUUGGCAGGAAGCAAUAGUUGACUGAUCAAACAAACGGCAUAAGCGGCACAAACAUCAACCAUUACUGCACUGUACCAAUAUCACGUGGUUACCACCUCAUUUACUUGACCGUAAUCUUUCAAAACAAAUUGAUCGCAGAUUGCGACACACUGGUAAGUCUUCGACCAAACGUUCCCUUCACAGGACCCUUUUUUCAUAUCUUUAAAAAGUAUUUGCAUUAUACGGCGAUAUCUGACAAACAAGAGAAUUCUUGUUUUAUGUAAACGCUGUCAAAUAAGUAUAGUUUUUGAUACAGGUAUAUUCUAUAUGUAUCGUUCAUUAUCAAGCCCAUAAUUAAUAUGUGGUACAGUCUCAAAUGUGCAAAACGUCUUUGUUGGUAUGUACAAGUGAUAUAUACAGUACAUUGUCCAAGCGCACUGUAAUCUAUAGGCACCUAAUAUUAUUCACAUCCAUGAAUAAUGGCAAGAUAUAUGUAUAACAGCUUUUAUAGGCAAUAUUUCUCUAUUUUUAUAUAAAUAAAUGCUAGUAUGAAUGUGCUGGAAGAAUGGUUUGGAUUAGUGAACUGUAGAUGUAAAGUUAUCUGGCGUUGAUGAUAUUCGUCAUAUGUGAUCUACCAUUAAUGCAUAGAGCCGUGAAACAGUGCUAUAUCAUGUGGAACCUGAACCUUUCUAUAAUGUCAUUGUAUAAAUGUGGAACUCUUCAUAUAAUGUUAUAUCAUAAAUCGUUGAUCUACCGUUAUAUGAUAUAAAUGUUAAACACAUUACGGUGUUACAUGUAUAUCACAGGACCGUUAAACAGUGUUAUAGCAUACUAUCAUUGGACAUUGGUCUAGUUUUAUAACACACACACGUUAACAUGACACGGUGUUAUAGGAUAUAAACAUUUGUCCUUGAUCAUUCACACCUUGACUGAAAUGUUAUAACAUGUAUUGAUCAUUUGUUGGAAUGUUGUAUCUUCCAUUAGUUGAACCUUGAUAAACCGUACAUCAUUCAACAUUAAAACCUUGAUAUAAUGUUUUGUCAGCAUGAAAUGAUAGAUACGCUAAUCCAUGUUAUGUUAUAUAUACAUUGAGCAUUAAUAUCAUGAUUAUUCAACAAGAUGGAUGUACAUAUACGAGAACACAUCGUAUGCUUUAGGAUGAUAUAUAUUUUAAAUGUCGCCAAUUUAUAUGAUCCAUGUUCUAGAGAUUGAUACCAACUUCCAAAGCCCAGUCUUGCAUUAGGUUAUUCGUGUGUGUAGUCUCGGUGAUUCCAUAUAGCUGAGGGAUAACAGAUGUAGCAGAAGUAUUCGUGGAAUUCAGGGAGAUUUGUCUGUCGCAGAGUACCCACUGUGUGUGUAAUACAGUAAAUACGGUAACUAUAUAUUUAGUGAUGGUUACGUGAGUGUGUGAUUUUGUGGUGUAUGUGACCCGUGUACAAGAUAAGUUAGUUUGGGAAUGUCGUAUUCCUCAUGUUAUCGCAAAUAAAUGACGAUGAGUAUA